AUCACCCACUGCUGUUCUGAAAUCUGCAGCCCGAAAGUUCUGCCUCGUAAACGUCCUUUGCAUCUGACUACAGGUCAGAAGCUGAACUUAUCCAAAAAUGCAGAGCGACGACGUGAUAUGGUCCGUAAUUGGCCAUGAAUUCUGCUCGUAUAAAGUCAAGACUGUCACUCAGAAUUUCUGCCGGAAUGAGUACAAUGUCACGGGUCUGUGUACACGGCAGUCAUGUCCGCUUGCGAACUCACGGUAUGCAACUGUGAGGGAGAAUGAAGGUGUGCUGUAUCUGUACAUGAAAACGAUUGAGCGGGCGCAUACACCUGUCAAUAUGUGGGAGAAGAUUGAGCUGUCAAAAGACUAUUCCAAGGCACUAGAACAGAUCGAUAAAGAGCUCAAGUAUUGGCCAAACUUUACUAUUCACAAAUGCAAGCAGCGUGUCACGAAGAUAACCCAGUAUCUUAUCAAAAUGCGUCGAAUAAAACUACGACAGGAGCCAAAGCUCGUGGGUGUGAAAAAGAAGUUGGAUAGACGUGAGGCGACACGGGAACGAAAGGCUCUCUCUGCUGCCCACCUUGAAAAAUCCAUCGAAAAGGAGCUGAUUGAGCGGCUCAAAUCAAAAGCGUACGGUGAUGCGCCACUCAAUGUCAACGAAAGUGUCUGGCAAACAAUUCUCGACCGGGAAAAGAGUGGAAAGGAGAAGGAACUGAAUGUUGGUGCUCAGUUGGAACUGGAAGAUGACGAGACGGAUGGAGAGGAGGAGAGGAGGAGAUGGAGGAGGACUGGGACGCUGAAGGAGGCGAGUUUGUUAGUGAUUUCAGUGGAGACGAAGAUGGUGAUUUGGAUGAUGAACUGAGCGAUCUGGAAGAUGUAGUAGAUGGAGGACUAGGCGUAGAGGAGAGUGGGGAUGACGAGUCAGACGACGACAGCUCACCAGAAGAUCAACCACCGUCCAAAACCGUCCUUGGAAAGCGGAAAACCAAGCCAACAGCAAAAGCACCCCCAAGAAAGAAAUUGGACAAGCCAGGGAGAAGUUCGUUGUUUCUGAAUUCGAUAUCCAGUAACUU